CCUUCAAGCAGGAAUAAAGGAUCGAAUGCAUGUAAGGCCGCCCCCACACGCCUAAGGCUCCGGACUCACAAUGCGCGCUUCGUUCCUGCUGCUCCUCUUCGCUGGCGCCGCCCUCCUCGGCCUCCUGCAGGGGACCGAGGCUCAUGAGUGCCCCGAGACAUGCGAGGGAGUGGCCUGCCCUGACACGUCCGACUGCAUCCACGGCACCGUCAAGGAACACUGCGGCUGCUGCGACGUCUGCAACAGGAGAGAGAACGAGAAGUGUGGCGGCCACGAGCACGAAGACGGCGAGUGCAUCCCUCCGCUCGAGUGCAUUAACGGCGUCUGUGGUUAGCGCUCCGGGGCCUACUCCGGCACUGAUGGUCAGACCAAACAACUGUUAGAACGUUAGUAGAAGAUAUAACUCGAAGCAGAAUUCUAAAAUGGCUGGGAUUUUCAAAAAAUAGCCACGUAAUAAAGAAUCUAAAGUAAAUUCUAAACGUGAGCGUUCAGUCAAUAUGUUUCACAAAUUACAUGGGUAAAUGAAAUAUGAAAAUGUUCUGUUUGUCAUAUUUAGACAUGAAGGUUUUCCUUCGGAUUUCAGGAUAAUGGAGAGAGAGAGAGAGAGAGAGAGAGAGAGAGAGAGAGAGAGAGAGAGAGAGAGAGAGAGAGAGAGAGAGAGAGAGAGGAGAGAGAGGGAGAGAGAGGGUGGGGUGGAAAAAAAUGGAAACUGACAUUUCAAGAUAAAAGAAAAGAGAGAGAAUGGAAAAAAACAGGAAAAUAUGGAAACCUUGACAUUCCAGGAUAACGGAAAAGAGAGAGAGAAAAUGGAAACAGUAAUAUGUCAUUCCUACGCUCCACUGAACACUAUACGGAAGAACCAAAUCCCAUUUUAAUUCAGGCUCACGCAAUCGAGACAGUCACGUCUCUAGUUUUACACACUGUCUUUCCCAACUUCAAGAUUACUGUUCAUAAACUACCAUAUACGUUAAGGUAUCAUAUGCAGUUAUAACUCAAGUUCAAAUAUGAUUCCAUCAUUACGAAAACUUCAGCAAACUUCUACUGUUAUUCACCAUCGUACUCUGGAAAAUCGAGCUCGCUUUGACAAAUUCUUUUGUUUCUUGUCAAGUCAAACCGUGUUUUAAGAUGUUUUGUUAAUGUGCAAAAAACGGUAUUCUGAUCAGCAGGGAAAAUUCAUGUAACUGCCCUGUUUGGCAUUGCUAAUGUUGUAUGCUACUGAUUUAUAUAACCGGUUCAUAUAUUAUAAUCAUAAAAGUUCAUUA